AUGAACGUGCUCCGAGAGUUUUUCGUCUUCACUUGUUCCAAUGGUAAGAAAAUUUCUGGUGAAUGUAAACUUUGUGGAAAACUUUAUUCCGAUAAUGCUGGAUCAACGGGAAAUUUCCAUAAGCAUAUGAAACGUAAACACAUGAGUGAAUACGACAAAUUAAAAUAUCCCGAUUCAUUUGUACCUAAGAACGACACGUAUGAUUAUUCAGAAAACUUCGAAGACAACGUUAUCAAAAUCAAUCAAACAAUUCUGAAAGAAUUAAUUGUGAAAUGUAAUUUACCACCAACAUUGGUCGAACAUACUGGUUUUAGGAAUUUUUUAAAAGCAGUUGCACCAAAAUGGAAGCCUACAUCUUCACGAUACUUCACCAAAACACUAUUGCCAUCAUUGAUGAAUAAUAGUCAAGAGAAAAUAAGAAAGUUACUUGAUAGUAUCGAUCACUUAAGCAUUACAGUAGAUGUCUGGAUAGACCGACGUGGACGAUCAUUUAUUGGUGUUACUGGUCACUUCCUUGAUUUAAAUUAUAUACCACAAGCUCUACUUCUAGAUUUUUCGCGUUUAAAAGGGCCACAUACUGGAGAAAAUAUUCGCCUUGUCACAAGAGAAAUACUCGAAAAUCUGAAGUUUGGUUUAAACGUGAACGAUGAUGAUGAUACUAGUCCAGAUGCCAACAAAUUACAACAAAAUGAUAGUUCAAUUAAAUUUCUUGAUGAUGACGACUUGUAUACGUUAAAUGAAUGGAGAUUGGCUAAUUGGUGUGAAAACGACAAAGACUUGAUUGAGAAUGGUGAAGAUGUUUCUUCAAUAAGAUUGCCUUGCUUUGCACAUAGUCUACAGUUGGCUGUUCGAGAUGGAUUAAAAGAUACUCCAUACUUAUCGAGAUCAUUGUUAAAAUGUAACAAGUUGGCGCAGCGAUCUUCUAAGUCUACUAAAAUAGUUGAUCUUCUUGAUGAUAUUGGAAAAACAAUAAAUCGCUCCAAUCUGACACGCUGGAAUUCGGAAUAUCUACUGAUUAAAUCAAUUAUUGGAUUAGGAAAAAAAACGGUUGAUGAAAUUACAGACAUUAUUGAUGAUAAUGAACUGAAAUUUCAUAACAAUGAUUUUACUAUACUACAGGAGGCAGUUGAUAUAUUAGAGCCAUUUGCUGAAAUAACUACACGUAUUCAAUCCGAAUCCAUUGUGACGGCUAGUCUUGUCGUACCCUCAGUGGUACAUAUCAUCGAUCAUGUGAAUAAUAUCAAGCCACAUUUAUCAUUUUUGAAAAAGAUGUGUAUACGACUGGAAGAUUCUAUUGGUAAAAGAUUUGCCGGUAUUGUUAAGCGUUUAUCACAACAAAUACAAGCCGACAGUGGAAUCACACAUGAAACAGCUACUUAUUCAGAUGAUCUUGAAUGA